UGAUGACGUCUCUGGUGAUUUGGAGAUGUUGUAGCUGAAACUUGAUCAACAUUGCAUUGGGUUUUUUUUUUUUUAUUAAUGUAAACAUAUGUUUACAAAUGCGAAGUUCGUAUUAUAAGCCCCAAAAUGGCAGAAACUGCACAUAUACCAAACUGAAAGCUUCAGGUCAGGCCAAGGCAGACUGCUCCAGUCCAGCCAUGCCUCAGAAACUCCAGAAGAACCCCCAGACUUCACACUACAUUGAGCUAGGAGGUUAUCAGUAUUGGCCUGUGCUGGUGCCCCGAGGUAUCAGACUGUACACCUACGAACAGAUCCCACUGUUUCUGAGGGAGAACCCCUACAUCACAGAUGGAUACAGAGCCUACCUGCCCUCCAGACUGUGCAUUAAGAGCCUCUUCAUUCUGUCCAAUGAGACGGUGAAUAUCUGGAGCCAUCUGUUGGGCUUCCUGCUCUUCUUCUGUGUUGGGGUGUACAACAUGGCCUCAGUACUGCCUGCCGUCGGUGCCUCCAGAGAGGACUACGUCAUCUACUCCAUUGGAGUUUUCUGCUUCCAGCUGUGUAUGCUGUGCUCGGUGGGUUAUCACAUAUUCUGUUGCCACCGCUCGGAGAAGACCAGCCGCCGCUGGAUGGCGCUGGACUAUGCAGGGGUUUCUAUCGGCAUCCUCGGCUGCUACGUCCCUGGAGUCUUCUACACCUUCUACUGCAAUAAUUACUGGCGGCAGGUAUACCUGGUGACGGUGCUGGCCAUGAUCCUGGCAGUCUUCUUCGCUCAGAUCCACCCUCAUUACCUCAGCAAGCAGUGGAAGCAGCUGCGCUCGCUCAUCUUCUGCUCGGUGGCCGGAUACGGCCUCAUCCCCACCGUCCACUGGAUCUGCAUCACCGGAGGCUUCUCCUCAGAGCUCGUCCAGGCUUUUGUCCCUCGAGUCCUGGGGAUGUACUUCCUCGCCGCGUUGGCUCUCAUUUUCUACGUUUCAAAAGUUCCUGAACGCUACUUCCCAGGUCAGCUGAACUACCUGGGCUCCAGUCACCAGGUGUGGCACCUGCUGCUGGUGCUGAUGUUUUACUGGUGGCACCAGUCUUCAUGCUUCAUCAUGGCGUACAGACACAGCCAGCCCUGCCCCGACGCCCCUCAACACACCUAGGACGCUGCGACCACAAACUCUGUUUAACUGUUGGUGGAUGGCCGCAGCGUAUUCUAGGAUACACAGGUGGAAGAAGGCAGCAAGACAACCCUUCAGUCCAUCUUAGUGUCACCACAGAUGGACACAUUCCUACCUGCAAGUGUCUUCAGUCCAGUCGACCUGCGAGUCUCUGUAAGCGGGAAUCAGACCUGUGACCUCCAGGAUGGGAGGUGACGCAUGUCUAAGUAAACUGUCACAGUGGCUGAACCACGUUUUUUUUUUAACCACAUCAUCACCAGCAAAACACAAACUGCAGCCAGAAUUUGAGGCAUCUGCACUGCGUUUAAAUUGACAUAACUUUAAAAGCGGCUUCCAUCUCAGAUGCAGCCGCAAAAAAUAAGAACUCAAAUCAUCAAGGCUGGCAAGUUUAGUCAAGUAGCCUUUUGUUUUUUUUUUAAUAAGAGAUUGCAUGUUUCUGCAAGUGCCUGUUAAUGAAACAUCAUGUAGCUCUUGUUAUAUUAAAUUGUUGUUAAAUUAAAAAACGUAUGGACAGUUUUGCUCCUAGAAUGUCCCCAGUUUUCAACUUAUUCACUUACUUUUAAAGGUUUAUAAGCCAGUGGUCCUCAAUCUGAAAAGCCCCACAUCAUCCGUUUAGAAUUUAGCUCAAUUUUAUGAUAAUGCUUUUAGUUGUAAAGAAUCCUUCUUUGAAAAAUAGGCCUUUAAAAGGGAAAAUGAAAUGUUUUAGGUGUUACGCUAAAAGAAUGUGUGGAUGUAAGUAAACAAAUAAUUUACAGUGUCUGCUGAUCUACUCUCAACCCAUUUCUAAUAAUUUUUUUCUAGAGCUAUUAAAUAAGUUGUUUGUGGGGAAACUGAGGUAUGUCUUACUGAAAACAAGCAAGAACUAACAGUAUCUUUCCACACAAUUAAUGUUUAGAUAGAAAGACCAAAGACUCAAAGCUCAACGUGUUGUUGUUAAGUGUGUGAAGUAUUGGCGUUUCCGUUUCUGCUGAGUGAGACAAACAGAUUGUUAGUCCCAGGAUGGCGAAAUGUGCUUAGUCUAAAUACAGGUAUGUUUUGAGUCAUUUAAAAAAAGAAAAAGUCAAACAUUUCUGAUUCCAGCUUCUUAAGUGUGAUUUUUGGUUUCUUUACUUCUCUGUGACAGUAAAUUGAAUCUGUGUGUGAUGUGGACAAAACGAGACGUCAUCUUGAGCUUUGGGGAACACAGAUCGACAUUUUUACCAUUUGCUAUAGACUGAACAACUUAUCCAUUAAUUGAGAAUAUAAUUGGCAGAUUCAUUGCAGCCCUAUUAAAAACUGUGUGGAAUCCCUGAUAUACCAGAUAAUUAUUGUUUAAUUGUAAGUUAUGUCCCUCGUGUCUAAUUUUUUUAUUUUCCAGCCCUGAAAGUUGAGGCUUAUUAAAACGGCAAGUGGGUCCGUUUUUGGAUGCUGAAGAGUAGCUCGGCCUCUAGGGGCUGCUAGUGGAGCAUUUAUUUUUUAGAUUUACUACAUCAUGUCUACUUUGUCUCAAGAUGUAGCAUCACCAUCUUUUUCAGUAAGAAUUUCAGUCUCCACUUCUCCAUUUCCCAUCUCAUCAGGGUGCUCAAAUCAAUGGAUUUAUUCUACCUGUGGGCAUUUUUUAAGUGCGUUACUGUCAAGUUAAAAUUUGUUUGAAACUGGGACGGUGUUUUAUGUAGAAAUUACAGCACUGAUUUGGCAAAAGUAUCUGCAUGCAUUGCAGUUCAUAUUGCAACUGUGCAGCCCUGUUAUCUACUGUAGAUUCAGAGGACUUUACUACUUCGCUGUCUGUCUCCUUAGACUUUACACUUUAUUUUUGAAAAUAGCUUUUUCUGCCUAAACGAGAGACUAACUCGGAUAAGUGUUUUCAGACACUUUUUCUCAAGCUCAUUUGGGGUUAUGUGCAAUGUUAAAGGUCAAUUAUUGUUUUGUAAUGUAACUGUUUCAUUCUAAAAUGCAACACAUCCAUGUUGGAAAGAAGUCAUCAUAACUGAAUUGCUCAAACAUAAAUGUUAGAAUUUUCUCAAAUGUUACAGUUUUGUAUGCAAGUCUUGAUGCUUAAAACUUAAACAUUAGCCGUUUUGUUAUUGGCACUGAAUUACGAUAGAUGUCCAGUUAAAUGGUAGAUGUCUCAUUUUGGAAUGAAAGUCAUUAGUUUUCUGUGUGAGGUUUAAGUUUUAGAAAAAUGUUCUCUGGUGUUAUGAUUUCAGACUUCUUUGUUUGUUCUGUAUUUAAAUUAUUAUGAACCUGCUCUGUACAGUCUGUAAUCUUUAAAACAUUUUGUCUUUGAUAAGUUGAGAUAACAACUGAGUCUAAGACUCAUUUUGCAGAAGCCGAAACUUUGUAUUUUGUAUUGUAGUUUUGACUUUUCAUACCUGAGCAAUCAAGCUGCUGAACUUGACUCUAAAUAAAAUUAACCCUGUACUGUU